AUGCGCUGCCGCGGACCGCGGUAGAAAGUGUGCAGUCACCAACCAACGCUGAGAGCGCAAGGCAGCGGCGCAGCACAGACUCAGAGGGAAGUCAGGGAACCUGUGCUAGAGUCAGUAGUCGCAUAGACAUUGGGGAGGAAACGUGGGUCGCUUGUGUGCGGGAUCCUUCCGUGUCCACGCUGUUUCCUGUCACUACAAGGCAAAACCAGGAAACAUUUAACCGCAUCUCUUUGUAAGAUAGUUCAUGUGCCUUGUAACCCACACUGCUGCAAAAGCCGGGCACGUGACCAACACUAGCUUCCCACCGCAGGACACUAACGGCACGCGGCAGCCACCUACUUCACCGCCUCCCUCACUAGCCUUGCUGGUAGGAACGAGAGAGAAAAAAAAGUACACAGUUAACGAGUGACACUGCAAGCCGCAUGCAUUAGUUUAUCUGGCGUCCUUCGUCACCCCUAAGUAGACACUCCGCAAGUGGUGACCCGCAUCGCUGUUACCACAACAUAGCUCCGCCCGCCGCGCUUCGGACAGCUCUCAGACAACCAUGGACGUGAGGUGUCCCAGCUUGUUCGGCAGGGACAACAAGGUGAUAGGGUGGAUGCGGCACGUCCUCACCGCAAUCUCUGUCUUCCAGUUCGUGGUGGGGUGCUGCCUGCUGGGGUACAUGGCCUGGGUUCUCGCCACCUCCAUCACCGUGUCCCGCUUCCUCUCCGGUACUUUGAUCUUCACCUACAGUGUGAUCGGGCUGGGCAUCGUCUUCUUCACGACGGGCUUGGUGGGCUGGGUAGCCGGAGCGUCAGAAUCCCUCUGUGGCCUGAGACUGUACCUGUGCAUUCUGCUGCUGGCCGUGGCAACUGAAAUAGGCGGCUUGCUGGCCCUUAACAUCCUGCAGACAAGGCUGGAUGACUUUCUGAUCAACGGGUGGGCGGAGGUGAACCAGGGAACACGUAACAUCGUCCAGAAUAAGUUCAACUGUUGUGGUUUCUAUGGCCCUAAAGAAUUUGCUUACACCAACUACCCGAUCAGCAAUUCCUGUUAUGACACCAUCCAGGAAGUAACAGCUGAAGCCAGCACAGCAAGUCAGACACUCAAACAGAGUGGAUGUGGGGCUCCACUAAAAUUUUGGCUGGAUGACAAUAAGGCAGUGUGGUGCUCUGUGCUGGCAGUCUUUGGAGGUCUGCAGCUCAUGAGUAUUAUCCUUUGUAUCCACAUCAUCCAUAAACUCAAGGACAAGACAGGUUACAAGAAAACCUCUGAAAAGCGGCGCCUCCACAAUGAGAAAGGAGCAUACUCUCUCUGAGUGCCUAAUACUAUAAACCUGUAGUGUGUUUUAAAGGAUAGCAAGUCAACAAUGGGGUCUUCCUCAGAAGUCCAUGAUCUGCACAUGAGCCACUUGUACAAUUAUUGUUAUUUCUGUUAUUCAUGGCUAGUAUUUUUCCCAAAGAGAUAGAGAUGGAAGAGGUCACAGAGAUGGGGUGUGCCCAGCCUGUGGUGGUACAGGCAUACAAGUUCAUAGUGGCAUACCAUUUCCAAGUCUCAUACCAUGUUUUGAAUGGUCUGCUUGUUCAUAAAUGUUUAUAAAUAGGAUGUCUGGAGUAGCAUGUAGUAGAGCCACUUGACAAGUAGAAACUUUGUAUCAUUAGGGCCUUGAAUGUGAGAGACUCAAUUUACACAUGACCACCAGGCCAUAUUUUGCUGAAUAGCAUCCACACAAUUCAAUAAAGUGCCCCCCAGUCACUGCUUCCCAUGAUAUCAGGAAGCCUUUGAUGUACAUAAGUACCCUUAGCUAAUCAAAUUCCUGAGGAUUACAACUUUUGCAUUCAAAAUUACAAUCUUUUCCUUGCAAAUUUUGGUGUUCAUCACUUUCAUGCAUUUCUCUCUGUGAAUCAAUCUAGUAGAGUAUGUAUUAGUACAGUAACCUACUAAGACAUGCCAAAGUAAGUAUGCAGUAUUGUUCAUGAUCUUUGAAAGUAUUGUGCUGGUUGUUUUAGUGGUGCACAAGAAUAUAAUUUUAGCUUAUAAUCAUGUCAUUACAUUAAUUUAUAGAGGAUCUGAGAUUAUAGGUAUAGUUACAUACAGUAGCUCAUUACAUUACUGAGGAAUUAUGAUAAUCAUUAAUCAGUCCUUGAGUCUUAUUUCUUUAGAUAUAUCUACAAAGGCCACACUGAUGGUGCCAUAGGUUUGAGAAUGUAAUUCAUGCUUUGUCAAGUCAGUUCACUUCAUUUUGGAAGUAAAACUCAGCUAGAAACAUUAACCUUCCUGCAUAUAUGUUAUGUUGCACACAUUCUGCAACAUGAGUGCUAUCAUUAAUCUAUAAAUACACUAAUCUGCAUAUCAAUUUUACUUCACUCUAUAGUUUCUCACCUGCAUUAGACAGGUGUCAUUUUCAUCCAGGUACUACCACUAAUCACUACUAUUCUUUGAUGGAUAAUAAUUGCAGCAAUGGUUAUGAUUUUCAUUGGCAUGAAUUAUAUGCUGAAUGCCUUCACUUUUAAACCAGAUAGCAUUGCUGAAUGCCUUCACUUAUAAACCAGAUAGCAUUGAAGUUAUUUGAUGCAAUGUAUGUUGGACAUGGUGCAGAUUAUGUAUCACUAUGUAUUGAAUAUAUAUGCUUUCAGUACAACACUAGAUAAUGUUGAUAAUGAUAAAUGCACACAAAAGAUCAUAAUGCAUUGGUGUAUUUAGCUUAUGACCACAAUCCAUUCCUCAGAAGCAAAAAAUAAUCAAGGAGCACCACAAUCCAUUCCUCAGAAGCAAAAAAUAAUCAAGGAGCACCACAAUCCAUUUCUCAGAAGCAAAAAAUAAUCACAAUCCAUUCCUCAGAAGCAAAAAAUAAUCAAGGAGCAAGAGAUUUAAAUUUCCUGUAGAGAAAAGUUAAAAUUUUUCCAUUCUUGUCAUCUUACAAGCAAUGUUUAAAUCUAGUUAGUUAUUUACAUGUAUAUAAAUGUGAUAUAUGUAUCAUAUGUAAUUUGUUUUUUGUAAGGAAUAUUUUUAUGUAUGUAUGGAAUACACACUUACUUCUAUUGUUUUAUUAUUAUAUUUUGUUUGUUUUUUUAUGUAUGGAAUAUUUUUAUGUAUAGAAUAUGCAUUUACACACUUCUAAUGUUAUGUAUGGAAUAUUUUUAUGUAUAGAAUAUGCAUUUACACACUUCUAUUGUAUUUUAUUAAUGUUGGAUAAUAAAAUGUAUAAGUCUA